AUGGCAAAUUUCGAGAGUCCAUUUGUCUCUGCACAGGGUACGGAUACAGCUACAGGCUACAACAUGGCAGCCACUGCCUGGCCAGAUUUCUCAGGCUCUUCCCAACUGCAAUUCGCUCAGAUGUUGGGGAUGCCUCAGCAGUCUGGUGGGUGGUAUCAGAACCAGGGCUUUGCCGAUGUGUCCCGCAGCCGGGGAUGGGGCAAGUGGACUGGAAACCCCGGGACGGGGUUGAUGACAGUUGAUAACCAAAACCUGAGAGUCCCAGAUGGUCCCAGAUGGUCCUGGCAGGUGGUUCCCAUCCCAGUCUGGCUUUACAGAUGCCAGCAUGUCGAGGCUCCAAUGGUUGCCGCAUUGCUGCUGCUGCAGCUACUCGCAGGAGUCGUCGGAGAUCUUCAAAUGAAUGCAACAAGAGUGAAAGCAUUGCAAAACUUUGUGGCGAAACAAAAAAUGAAAGGGGUAGAUGACGCCCAGCUCUUGCUGCAACAAUAUCGAUUGCGUUGGGGAUGGCGAAUCAGUAUCUUCUUCUUCAUCGGGUUUGUCACCACAGUCGACCUGUUCUUCAUGAUCAAGUCUUCGUUUCCUAAAGCAGCCACAGUCGUGCAAGCUGCACGCGGCAUGGGUUACUGGGAUUGUGGCGUGUGCAUGGGGGUGCCUGAUAAAUUUUGCGAUGACAAUGUGAAAGGCAAUCUAGCAUUCUGGUGCAACCCCGAAUACUGGUCGUCUAAUGGCAACAACUUUGCAUAUGGCUACCGGUCUUCGCAGGUGGAUGGUUGCGAAGAGGGCUUGGUUGAUUGUGGCGCGUGCUUGUGCGUUCCCCUACAAUAUUGUGCCGGGACGAAUGCCAUAGGGGUUUGUGGAGGUAGUUUUAUAGGCAGUGGACUUGCUGCGGUGCAAGUCGGCAGUUGCACAGUCCAGCCCAAUACUGAACUUGCGGACAGCCAUUACCCUGGACUUGGUGUUUGGUUUAUGCUUUCGGGCGCCUAUUUCUUCUUUGCCCUCUUUGUCAGCUUGCUUUCCCUCAAGGACUUCUUUGUGAUUGACUUGUUUGGCCUCUCUGUGUACCAGAACGGCGACUGCGAACCAGAGAUGCAACUUCAGGAGGAAACGGGCUGCCGCCCGGCGCGAUUGGUAUCUCCAUCGUCGAGGCAUUGCACCCCUUGGACCUUUGAGGUUGAGGAACAUCAUACACAUCCUUGGAAGUCAUCAUUCCAAAGACUCGAGCUUCCUUUGUCGUGUUGCGGCAGCAAUGACAACGAUGAAUCGUGCUCCAUGGAAAUGCCGCAUUUGUCGGCAAUUGAGGAAGAGCAGUGCAAUGUACUGUUCUGUAUGCCAGCAGCCAUGGCAAAACGUGAUCGACCAGUCCUAUGUGCAUGGCUCGAAGCAGCCAGCACAGACGGACCAAGGCCAGUAUCAGCAGUCACCAUGGCAGCAGCAUCAACAACAAGACUGGCAAGCACACUGGCAGUCGACAUCUUCGAGAGGAAGAACACCUUCUCCGAGGCAAAGACAACGGCCAAAGAGUGUCAAGGGCAACAAGACCCCCAAACAGGAUCAACCGAAGCAGAUGCAGGCUCCGCCUAUGAUGAUGCCGGCUGUUCCUAUGGGGCAGGUUCCACAGAUGCCCAUCAUGUUCCCUCAACAGGCAAUGCAGCAGCAUGGCAACCGCCUGCGAAUCCCAAUUUGGCGAAAAUGCCUGCUCCAGUUCCUGCUGCGCUACAUCCGAUGGCUAUGCCUUUUACCCCUACGAUGCCAACUAUGCCAGCACCGCCUAUGCCAAAGCUGCCGGCGACAUCGAUGACAUCAAGCUCUGACACCGACGCCGAGGUCAGAGGACUGAUGACCAUGAUGAGGGGAAGGCAAGCGGAACUUCCGGAAGACAUGCAGAAGAAGGUUCAGAAAGUCCUGACAAAAUUUGGGCAGCAAACCUCCACAGAUUUGCAUGCAGCGGUUACAGCGUUGGACACUGCGAGACAGAACUACGACGAGGCGGUUCUCGCCCGAAGUCAACACCAUAGUAUGUGGAAGAAGUUUUUGUCAGAUGCAGUGCAACUUUGGCAAACAUACGCUCAGCAAUUCAUGGAACAGGAGAAGAAACUCCAAGAACAAGUGAGUACUCACAAAGACUCGCUGCUCUCGGCCAAGAGGGACCUGGAAAACUCCAAGCUGGCCAAGUUGGACUCUGGGGCUGUUCAGCACAUCACCUCGGACGAGGAAGCAGAGGAUCAGGACAAUUCAAGUGCUACACAGGCUGCGACCAAAAUCACAGAAACGAUGGAGGGAUUGGCACAGUCUCUGCAGUCUCUACAUCGAGAAGCAGAAGUGUUGGUUGCAGAGGAAGCCCAUGUAGCCAAACGACCAAGAACUACACCAAAAAUCGAAGAUCUCGAAAUGCUGGUUGAGUGUGACUUCAAAGUACGCCAACCUGAAGCCAUGCCGAGCUUCGAUCCUCAAAUUUCUGGCGAGAUCACAGUUUUGAAAUGGUCCCACAGCAUCAUUGAAGAGCACAACUUUCUCAACGAAUGGGAGGCGAUUGAGAAGGCCCGCUCUCUGUCGCUGGACAUUGAGACCUACAAUGGUGUCUUCUAUGACAAUGAGGAGACCCGCAAGUUCCACACCAUUGCAACAAGUACCGUAUCACCGCACAAGAGCUUGGGCUUUGCUCCUGAUGUCGAUGUUCUGAUCGGGCUUGAGGACGAAUUAGUCAUGUACCAUGCUGUAGUUCCAGAAAUCAGCCUUGGACAUGGACUCAUGCCCUGGAGGGCAGGUUUGCUACGUGGUGGAGAAUAUCAACACCAACAAUACACAACGAAUGAACAGGCUGAAGCUCCUUAUGACACCAGGCAUUGGCAAUGCACUGCACAUCCCCUUGAUGAGGCAGCUCCACAUCGACCUCUUGCGGAAUGUGAGCAAGGAAGCACGACAGCAAUAGCGACUUUUGACGAGGAGAUUGUGGUCCACAUGGGGUUGGCGGAUGACUCUCUCUUCACCCAGGCCUCCAUCAGUCCUUCAAAGCUCUCUUCAUGGUCGGGAAAACCAUGGACUGUUCGAGCAUCGUCAGUUCCAGAUGACACGCGAGAGACUGAGGACUCUGACCACAUUCACCUCAUGGCUCGUAGGCCGCUGCGACAUGCUCCUUCAGAUGAAGGUAGAUCAUCGGAGACUGCCACUUCCUCUUCGACGUCCUCUUCCAGCACACGGAGAUUGAGCUCUUCGUGGCGCCAAACAGUGCUGAUGCUUUUGGAUGGUCGCAUGCUGCCGGCUAGACUCCCGUGGCAUGAUGGUAAUGAGCUGGCUGAGCAAAUCGCACAGACCGUUGGUGUUGAGGUUUCAGAGCUCUUAGGAAUACAUCAUGUUUCCAAUAGACCCCAAGACCUGAUCCAACAAGAACUGCAAUGCUUGCUCCUUCAAGUGAGAGAUGAAAAUAGGCCAUCCUCUUUUGUCCGCAUGAUCCUUGUAGAUCUUGAGAUUUAUGAGACGAAUGAAGUUUUGCCGGGAGCUUUCCGCCGGUUCUCAAAGUGGCUUCCCUUGACCUUGAAUCGAGUCUCAGCUUUCAGGCUUUUAGAGCUGGAAUCACUCCUCCAUGCACACCGAGAGAACAGCCGUCUCUGGCACAACAAUAUUCUGAUUCCAGACGGACAAGUGUCUCCCAUGCAUUUGGCAGAUGGUGAUUUCUUGAAAGUAAUCAUAGGACAUCAUGAGGCUUUCUCUGAGUGCGAAUCCGAGGGCUCAUCCUUUGAGAUUGAAGAUAGCAGAACUGAGCCCGAUUUUGUCAGUAGCUUUCAAUCUCUACAAUACCGACCCCCAAGCAAGCACAGUCCUGCCGAUGUUGACCCGCUGUCUUUGAAGGCCGUGUGUAUCUCCGGCGACUGUAGAUCCCAUCCUUAUCAGCAGAGUGUCAAUAGUAUGAAUGAUCCUCCCAACUCCUCCACGGGCGCGGACAAUAGCCCUGCCUCUGCACAGUCAGGCAGGCCUCCCAGUGCUGACAGUCCAACUUGGCAUCAUGAAAUCUGGGACAUACUUUGUACCGCAGGUGCCACGGAAAUGGAAGAGGAAGGACCCAUCAUCUACGUGAACUCUUACUUUAUCUCACAUUUGUAUACGCCACGCAAUGAGGUAUUGCGGCCCUUGCGUUUUGACGCUGAGCAUGAAUCAUGGGAUGCAAGUGUGAGGUUCAUGUGGGAAGAUUUUGUAGAUCAGAGGGCUCCUUUUGACAUCUUUGUAGUGCACCCAGACCCACCGAACACGAUCUAUGAGGGUGCGGUUGCAACUGUCCUGGUGGUUCAACAUCCUCUCCCGCGCAAAGCUGCGAUUGUCGUGACAGCGGUGCCCGACACUCAUGAUGUCAGACACAGGAAAGCGGUUGCUCUAUCAGUAGACCCUCUUGUGCCACAGACACGACUCAUAAAUGCAGCCGAUGUCCAAGACUUAUGCAAUAGGCCUGGAUGUGUCAUUUGGAUUGGAGAUAGAGAAGUGCAGGCAGGGACUGACAUCCGCAUGCAUGACGGCCUUGGCAUCCGGAUCAGUAUUCCUGCUGAUCGCCUUGAUCUCACACGGCGCAGCACUGACCUCAUCGGAGUGCAACAACAGCGAGAGGCAGCAGCCGUUCCCAAUGCGAAUGAGGACAACACAGACGAAGUUCUGUUGCUGUCAACACAGACCAUGCAUUUGCAGCAGGCGCUGAGACGUACCCUGCGUCUGCUGGCUGAUGAUCAGAAGCAUGACUGUCGACUUGAAGUCUCAUUGUCGGACCAACGCAUUGUGCAGACAACAAUUGAGGAAGAUGGACGUCACCUUGAUGGACUUCAGGAAGCAUGGUUCCAAGCCUCUCCCGUUUUUGCUGCAUCCGCCGAUGAAGCUGCAGUCACCUUCACAACAUGGCCUGGAACCAGGUUGCAGUUGCGAGUGAUGGAGAGGAAAGAUCCUGUAGGUCUGCAAGACUGGCGCAUGCAGAUUUGGAGCGCAUGGCAAGAAUACAUCGUUCUUGGGCAAGAACUUGAAUACCAACUUGUCACACCGAUGCCUCACACAUUUGAUAGAAGAAUAGCCGCGCAUGUCAUUGUUAUCCAACGACCCAUUGAGACCUGGGUCACCAGCAUUGUAACUCUUUUUGACGAGAGAGCUCUGCAGUCUGUUGUUUCCCAGCUUGCCAUCACGACACAUGAGCACAUUUUACUGGACAACCUUGCCAGAGUCUUUGGAAUCUUUGAUUCGUGCUUUGGCGCGACACCGGCCUUUUCCUGUCUAGCAUGGUACAAAGAUUUGUGUAUGAGACCUGGUGCACCCAUCCCAGGCAGAAGCGGCAUGGGCAUUAACAUCCUCUUGAGAAACCGAGUUCCUGCAGUCUCACCGACUCCUGAAGACAGUGAAGCACACAGUCUUCUUUCCACAUUUGUGAAAAGUCAGCAGCCAGAUUCAGCGAAACAUUCUCCUGUGUGCAAUAAGUGUGAGAACAUCAAAUGCAGGCUUCCUGAGAAUCCCACCCCUGGAGGGUCGGACGAGACCGGAGAUGCUGCCCCACAUUUGACGCCUGUAGCCAUCCCAAACUUUGCAGCUGCACCGGUACCAAUUCCGGACUAUGUCUUUGAGAUGUUGGCAGAUCUGAGAGCGAAUAUGAUUCGCACUGAUGACGCCCAGCCCGGUUUUGUUGUGAGAGUUUGGUAUCUACAUCACAUGCACCGUAGGAUGUCCAGAAUUGCACGGUAUUUGCAUCUGUCAGGUCCACCCCACAUGUGGCAUCCACAAGUCAUUGCCUUGUGGUUUGAUCGUAUUGUCCCAUUUGAAGCGAUUGCCAUGCAUGUAGUUAAGCCACGACCGUUUCGAUCGACCCAUGAGCAGAACCUCGCCUUUGAUUUGAUUGUGGCACAGGGACUUCAUGCACAAAGAGCUGCGGGUUUGAUCUCAGUAUAUCCAGCGCCGGCGGAUCCGACGUUCCCACAAUUUGCCGCAGCCUUUUCUCUCAGGCCGCAUGUGAGUGGAGCGGGACUCAUUCACAAGCUUGCGUUCCAGCAAGUAUGCCAGGUCCACCGCUGCCAGAUCUUCCACAGAUGGAACGAGCUUCCACUGACACAGGAACUUGCACAUGUAAUGGCCGACGGAGAUGGCUUUGACGUGCACAUUUAUAGGAAUGUUCCGAAUUUGCCAGAGCAACCAGCCGCCGUCAUGCCUGAGGAAGUGACGCAACCUGAGCCUGAUCUCCCUUUUGGAGAACAUCCGGAGACGGACGGCCCUGUGCUUUUGCAACUGCACAGCCUAUUAUCUAAGGCUGAAGACUUGUCUAUAGGUUUCCAUGAGACUUCUAGGACUGAAUCGCAUUCAGCCUUGCCAGAGCACGAGGUCCCGAUUCGUGUGAUAGGCUUAGGAAAUUUGCAAGCACGAGUGCCGUCUUUUGUCGCAAUUGCAAGUCCAUUAACCGCUGAACAGGUCCAUCAGGAGAUAUCCAGCUUCGGGCACUCAUGCAAUGUUGUUCUCUCAUCAAACAACACUUUGGCUGUUUGUGUCCCGGAACCUUGGCCUUUUGAGGAGGGCAAAUUGAUGUUGAUGUUCACUGAUAUGCAACAAGAUUUCCCUGAUGACCAUUCAACUUUUCUGACUCUGAUUGACCAGGCAGACAUGUCAGAAGUUCAGCUUAUGGCACUUUUGCACAGGUUGGGAUAUGAAAAAGCCGUCAUUCAAGGACGAAGAUAUGUACAUGAUGCCUUUUUGGAAGUCUCGUUUCUCCAGGCAGGGGGCUCACCAGAGUCACCACAACCAAUUGAGAAACAACAGAAACCUUGGCCUGAGAAACCCAGGGGCGACCGCCAGAAACACCGCCCCAUGUGGUUUGCGCAAGGAGCCAAGAAAUUGCCUCCAUGCCUUUUGGAUCUUGGACUCACGGGCGAAGAACUCCAGACUUUGUUUCAUAGCAAAACUGAUUACCUUUGCAAGAUCACUGAGGGAUUGCCCAUAUCUCAGGUGACCAGUGAGGCUAUUACGAGCUUGAAGCAUCAUCAAACCUGUGACCGGCUUGUCAUUUAUGCAGAUGGAUCAUCGCAAUCCAAACAUAAACAUGUAGCCCCGGCUUUGAAUGAAGAACUGGAUGUGCCCGAUGCAUGGAGUUUUGUGGUAUUAGGAGAGACUUUCGUAGAUUCCUCCACCUCAGAAUUAACUCUGCUAGGUUGGCAUGCGCACCAAGUCAGGUAUGACACACAACACCCUUGGCAUAUCGGUGCCAACCAUGUCGGUUCCACCAUUGCGGAAAGAGAAGCGCUCACUUGGGCAUUCAUUUGGCGUUUGGGCUUUGAUAGCUGCCUCCCCACAGUAUUCCGUAGUGAUUCUCUUUUGACAAUUGGCCAGGCCUCCGGCUCUGUAGGUUCAGCGGUUUGUGAUCUGUCCUUCCAGACUUUGCGGGGAUGUUAUCAAAUUUUGAAAUCUGCACUUGGUGAGGAUGUCGAGCUCGACCACGUUUUUGGUCACAUGGACGAACCGUGGAAUGAAAUGACGGAUGCAUUGGCAAAGCAAGAAGCAAUGUCGAGCUUCUUUUUGCCGCGACCACAAAUUGACAUUCCCAAGUUGCUGCCAAAAAUCCCGUUUCUCUGGAUGAUUUUCAACACAAUGCAUGGUCUGCCAUCCUUUGUAGGCACGGGUUUUGAUAUCAAGGCACCGACACUUCCGCAAAGAGAACCGCCUGUACCGACGGACCCGCAGGAGUCUCAAGCGAUUAAGCAGGUCAAGUACAAGCUCAGUGUUGCAACAGCCAAUGUGCAAUCACUUGGCACUGCAGAGCAAGGGUUCACGGGCAAGUUGGACUACCUUAGAGAACAGUUUUCUGCCAUGCAUCUCAAUCUCAUGGGUGUCCAAGAGUCCCGUGCCUCGGAAGGCAUGUCAGUAAAACAAGGAGUAUUACGCCUUUGUUCGGGCCAUUCUCAAGGCAGAUGGGGUGUUGAGCUGUGGGUAAAUCUCCUCCAACCUUUUGCGUACAUUAAGAAGACGGCACUCUUCUUUCGCAAACAAGACUUUCAUGUUGCCUUUCGAGAUCCCCGCCGUUUGCUGGUGCACAUUUCCAAUGCACACUUCCAAUCAUGGUGCUUUGUAGCGCAUGCCCCCCAGAGUGGCAUUUCAAUGACAGAACGGCAGACAUGGUGGGAUGCUACAAGAGAUCUCUUGCUCAGGUUUUUGCUUGCAGAUGAACCACUUUUUUUCUGCCUUGAUGCAAAUGCUGCGCCCGGCGCACCAGAUGGGGUUUCGGUUUUCAAGACUGGUUUCCGUCACUCCAGUGGGACCCAGUUUUUACGUGACUUCCUGGAUGCAUUUGAGCUUUGUCUCCCCAUUACCAGUGACAGCCACAAGGGCACAGCAAUAACCUGGACCUCACCAGAUGAUGGAGAAUAUACGAUUGAUUAUGUGGCCAUUCCUCGAGCCUGGAUGGGUGCAUGUGAUCAUUCAUGUGUCCUUACGGACUUUGACUUAGCCAAUGUCAACCUCGAUCACUCUGCAGUUGCGAUUGACCUCCAAUGGACUCAAGUCGCCUCCGCUCGAAUCAAAGCCAAAACAGAGAUCCGAGAUUUUGAACGCAGUCUCAUCAACAAAGACGUUGAACAACGCCUGGGUCAACCAAUUCUUUGUUCAUGGGAUGACGACGUGGAGUCACAAGCCAAGAAGAUCACUGAGCAUUUUCACAGAAAUCUUGCUUUCAGUUUUCCCAAAGCGAAGCACAGCCCAAAGAAGCCAUAUGUUUCAGAGACUUUGUGGCAACUGAGGGCGCAAAAGAUCGCCCUUAGAAAGCAGCUGCGCACUUGCCGAGGUCUAUUGCGCAGGGAAGCGUUGGCACGUGUCUUUCUUGCAUGGAGAGCUGGCCAGAACCAUGAAGAAGUUCUUGACCUACGGCAAAGCCGUUCACAGAAGUUGCAACAGGUCCUACAACAAAUUGAUCCUUCAACGCCCGCUUCAAGGAUCCAACAAUUGCUCAGACCAUUCAAAGGACCAAGCAACAAGCUGCGGCAGGGACUUGCUCCACUACCAUUGGUGAAAGAUGCAAGAGGAGAAUUCUGCCGUACAGCAGAAGAUGCGCUUGAACGCUGGAUCACAUUCUUUGGAGACAUGGAAGGAGGCUACAGGGCUUCACAGCAAGAACAAUGGAAGAGUUGGCGUGACAACCUUGCAGGUUUCUUGCAAAGUGAAAUGGUCAUUCCAGUCGAGGAAGUGCCCUCACUGUGUGAUCUGGAACAAGCAUGCAGAGCCUCUGCACCAGGCAAAGCGUCAGGCCUUGACGCGAUUCCAUCGGAACUCUGCAAAUUCUGCCCGCAGGCGGUGGCGCUGCACCUCUACAGUCUCAUGUUGAAAACCUGCGCACAUGGACAAGAAGCAAUUGCCCACAAAGGUGGGAUUUUACUCCCGAUAUGGAAGGGCAAACUUUUAAAAGAUCAAUGCUCAGCCUUUCGGUCGAUCCUCCUCUCAUCUUGUUUGGGCAAAGUCAUGCACAAAGCGGUUCGCACGAAGCAACUGGAUUUGUAUCAACAGUUUCUGCAUCGCCAACAGUUGGGAGGCAGAAGAGGAGUGCCUGUGACCUUGGGUGGUCACCAAGUUCGAGCAUUUCAACGUCUUUGUGCUCAGAAUGGCAAACCAUCAGCGCUCUUGUUCAUCGACUUGCAGGAAGCGUUCUACAGGGUCCUACGACCUCUGGUAGUUGAUGGUCCAAUUGAUGAUGCUUCCAUUGCUGCGAUGGCAGCACGCAUUGGCCUGGACAAGGGCUUCAUGCAUGAUCUCCACUGUGCACUGCAGCAACCCAGCGCGCUGGAGGAAGCUGGAAUUCCAUGCCAUCUGCGCAGAGCGAUUCGCGCCUUGCACACGGACACCUACUUCAAACUGCCCACACAGGGAGAUCAGGUUGUCACGCAGAUUGGCACCAGGCCAGGUGACUCGUUUGCCGAUGUAAUCUUUGGCUAUCUCAUGGCCAAAGUACUUACAAAGUUUCAGCAUGCGAUGGAGGCACAAGGACUCCUCCUGCAUUUGCCUGCCGCCGACACCUUGAGUUUCGAGGAGACUCCUCUCCCGGACACGAUCCCAUUUGUAGGACCGUGCUGGAUGGAUGACCUAUGUGUAUGUUUGACGGCAGACACAAACAUUGCACUCCAGUCCGCCUUGGGUGUAGCCACCGGACAGAUCCUCGAUAUUUUCAAGAGUUAUGCCAUGACACCAAAUUUGCAGCCGGGAAAAACGGCGGUGAUCAUUUCCCCGCGUGGUCCUGGCACCAAUAAGUGGAAGAAACGCAUCUUUGGGCCCCUGGCUGAUGGAAAUUUCUUGAGUCUUGGUGAACACCACCCAUACAAGGUCCCGGUUGUCACUGAGUAUACGCACUUGGGCGGCAAGGUGCACUUCUCAACCAAACUUCGGAGAGAAAUCAAAACUCGGCUCGGGCAAGCCCAUCAGGAAUUCAACCGCCACAGGAAGUUGCUCUAUCACAACAAACAUUUCCAGAUGGAUAAGAAAAAAGAGCUUUUCCAAAGUCUCAUCCUUAGUCGUCUCCUUUUUGGUGCGGAGACCUGGACAUUUCCAGACCAGAGGACAAAGGAAUAUUUGCAUGGAAGCAUCAUGAGCCUUCUCAAGCGACUCCUGCAUUGCCCUGGUCAUUGUCCGAUCUCAGAUGAAGAAAUCUUGUUCCGCACCAAUAUGCCAUCGCCAACCACCCUCUUGCGCCUUCGUAGGCUGAGAUACUUAGGAUCACUGCUGGCAGUUGGAGACACAGCAAGCUGGGGACUGAUCAACCAAGAUAAAGAUUGGUUAGCAUUGGUCAGAGACAACUUUAGAUGGAUGUGGCAUCAACUACACCACUGCUGCAGUCUUGGGGACCCUUCUACCCAUCUGCCGAGAUGGCUUGAAGUCAUCCAAUAUCAUCGAGGAUACUGGAAAAGACUUAUCAGACGUGCCACUGAACACUCUAUAGGAGUGCAGGAUCGCGAAUUCCUUGUUGCCUCGACACAUCUGCGCUUUUUGGAGGGCCUAGCUGCAGGACAGUUUGUGACCCCACCAGCCCCACCGGAUCAAUGGCAAGAUCGACUUGGUCCACAAGCAUACGGUUGCAUGCAGUGUGGCCGAGCCUGCAGAUCCUUGGGAGGAGAAGGCGCACAUAUGUACAGAGCACAUGGAGAAGUGAACCCAGUCAGACAACUCAUGGCCAGCACGCAGUGCGCUGCUUGUCUGACCGAAUAUUUUACCAUGGGCAAGCUCAAGAUGCAUCUUAGACGAUCAUCUGCCUGCCGUGUCACUCUGUUGGGAAGAGGCCACAGAGAAAUUGUCCAGCCGGGUUUGGGCUCGAAUGAGGACACAGAGCGACUUUUGCAAUGGGACAACAAGGUCCCGCCGUUAACUGCAUCAGGGCCACACCUUCCAGCUGUCCAAGGGAGAGACUUUGAUGUGGAACAUCAGGCACUCUAUGAGGCGCUCAUCCUGGGUAUCAUGGACAUCGACACGGCAUCCUACGAAGCCUUCGCCCGACAAUGUAUCCAAGAACAAUCGAUCUCUUGGACGAAGUGUCGACUGACGCUGCAAGAAGCCUUGCGACAAAUUGCAGAGGGGUUUUUAGAUGUAGAGACCAAUCAUCUUCAGACGUGCACAGCCAUCUUACGCCGCCUUGCCACUGCGGAAGCUUGGCCUUUCCUCGAGCAUGUACCAAGUGGAUCAUAUCCUACGGUGCCGUCGCUUGAUGAGAUUGCCAAGAAGAUUGAGGACACCCAAAUUCUUCUGGACAGACAGGCGGUUCCCCGACCAGUGGGCAAAGAGCGUGUUUUCCUGCACGCUUUUUCCGGUCGUCGACGACCGGGAGACCUCCAGCACUAUCUUGAAGCAGCCUUUGCGCGUCAGUCUGAUGGAGUGCUGCUUCAUGUGGUGUCGAUGGAUGUCGUUAUAGACCCUGAAUGGGGAGAUGCCUGCAGACAGGAGACCAGGGAAUUUUGGCUUCGUGGAGCACUUGAUGGCUUCGUCCAAGGAGGCCUGUGUGGCCCUCCUUGUGAGACUUGGAGCCAAGCCCGAUUCGCAGAUCUGGGCGAUGAACAAGGACGCCAUCCACGACCUUUACGAUCUUUGGAAUGGCUGUGGGGCCUCCCAUCGCUUUCGCUCCGGGAACAGGGCCAAGUGGCUGUUGGAAAUGAGUUGCUCCUCUUCUCCAUUGACCUGCUGAUUUGCUUGGCGCGAUCUGAAGGCCUAGGAGUUUUAGAGCAUCCUGGCGAACCAGAGGAUGAAACCAAACCGUCCAUCUGGAGAUUACCAAUUGUACAGCUCUUGCGACAGCUGCCAGGGUUUGAUUUCGUGGAUUUUGCACAGGGGCUCUUAGGAGCGAAGUCUCCUAAACCCACACGAUUUCUCACAUUGAACAUGGACAGCUUGCCGCGUUUCUUGCACAGUCAUCGCUUGUGCCCGGAUUUACCUCGGAGCUCAGCGAUAGGAAAAACGCAAGACGGCCAGUGGGCCACGACAAGCCUGAAGGAGUAUCCACCGGCGCUCAAUCGAGCCUUAGGUGAGAGCUUCGCUUACCAUCUUCUGCAAAUGCUGCAGCAGCAGGUGAUGCAGCGACAAAUGGCACAGUCUGACUCUGCACCAAAGGAUGGACAGGCGAAGGCAACCGGAGGUGUUCCGGCCCCACCGGGAAUUUCCAGCACGACGCCCAUCAACGCCAUCAAGGCCGGAGGAGUGGCUCCUGGUGAGAAAGCAGCACCGAAGGCGGCGCGGCCGGGUGCUGCGGGUGCUUCCUCUGAGAGGACGGCAUCCAAUGAGGCUGGAGCCAAAGCUGGCCAACUCCUCCUGAAUUUGGUGAACAACAAGGAGGAGAAGCCAAGCCAGGGUGCCGGCGCAGCGUUGCUGCAGCAACUGAAGGGCGGAGGAAAGAAGCCUGAAGUUCGCAGCGAUGACGGCGCGGGAAUGGCGCUGCUCCAACAAGUGAAGAAUGGAGAGAAGAGCUGGACCCAAGGAACUGGAGCCGGCUGGUCGUGGUGGAACUCAGGCAAAUCCACUGCCUAUGAGGGCGAUUGGGACGACUGGGGCCAGGGCAAGGCUGGAAAGAAGGGCAAGUCCUCAGAUUGGGGCGCAUGGAACUCCGGAGCUGAUUGGUGGGGCUAUGGCCAGGAGUGGUCGAACGAUGCCCAGUGGUGGGCUCCAAGUGCACCACAAUGGACCAGGCAGACUCCCAAGAAAGGCAAAGGGAAGGGAGCGCGACCAUCCAACAGCCAGGACACCUCUGAGGGAUCGAACGAUUCAGAUGACUCCAAUCAGCCAAAGGCCGCGGCCAACUCGUUGCUUGGCGGAGCGGCAUCUUCAUGGAACCUGUAG